AAAUAGCUUAUAAGCUUAAGGGAAGAAUAGAGAAACAAAGAAAUAGAAGAAGAAGAAAUGGCACCUAAUGUAACAAGUACUCCGUCAGGUAUAUUUGAUGGAGAUAAUCGUUCAGAUCAAACUAUAAUCGAGACACCUAAAAAAAAAUAUAAGAAACACAUUAUCUGGAGAAAUGUGAUUAUCUUCUCUUAUCUUCAUCUAGCCGCUGUAUAUGGAUUGUAUCUGGUUUUUACGUCCGCACAAUUUAAGACUACUUUGUUUGCAUUAUUCCUGUACGUAUGCACUGGACUGGGAAUUACAGCUGGUGCUCACAGAUUAUGGGCACACAAAUCUUAUAAAGCGAAAUGGCCACUCGAGUUAGUACUAGUAAUUUGGAAUACUAUGGCAUUUCAAGAUGCAGCAAUUCAUUGGGCUAGAGAUCACAGAGUUCAUCAUAAAUACAGCGAAACAGAUGCGGACCCUCAUAACGCGACGAGAGGAUUUUUCUUCGCACAUAUAGGCUGGCUCUUGUGUAAGAAACACCCGGACAUUAAAGAAAAAGGCAAAAGAAUCGAUAUAAGUGAUCUGGAGAAAAAUCGUAUAUUGGCAUUCCAGAAAAAAUACUAUUUAAUUCUGAUGCCUCUAUUUUGUUUCGUUUUACCGACUAUUAUUCCAGUCUAUGGUUGGAAUGAAACUUGGUCCAAUUCAUAUUUCGUGGCCACAGUUUUGCGUUAUGUUUUCGUGCUGAAUAUGACUUGGCUUGUUAACUCCGCUGCUCAUAUCUUUGGAAACAAACCAUAUGACAAGUUUAUCAAUCCUUCGGAGAAUAAAGCAGUGGCCAUAGGAGCUCUUGGCGAAGGUUGGCAUAAUUAUCACCAUGUAUUCCCAUGGGAUUACAAAACGGCAGAAUUGGGAAAUUACAGAUUUAAUGUUACAACAGCUUUUAUUGAUAUGUGCGCAAAAUUUAGACUCGCAUAUGAUUUGAAAUCGGUUCCUUCUGAUUUAGUGAAAAAACGAGUGGAGAGAACCGGCGAUGGAAGUCAUAAUCUAUGGGGUUGGGGUGAUAAAGAUCAAACACAAAAAGAUAGGGAAGUGACGAUGGUAUAUCAUAAGGCUUAUUAAAAUAUGAAAAAAAGACCAUUAAGAAACAUAAUUAACAAUGCGAGCUAAUUGUUCACUUACUUCCUAUAAAACGAUUGAACUAUGGCUCACUUUGUACAUAUUUAGGGGGUAGAGGAACUAUCUGGGAAUUAUUGGAAAUAUUUUGGAAUAUUGCUUAAUAUUUUUAAUUACCCAGUUAUAUUAAUCUUAGCUAUACUCUAUUUUUAUCAAAAAUAUAAAUCUGAAACUAUUCAACUAUUCAGUGAUGAGUAAAACAUUUACAUAUUGUUUUGUUGUAUUUUCACAAAAAUUGAUAUGCACAGUAAUAAGAUUUCUCGUUUUUAGAAAUAUUAAUAUAUGUGUUGCUAUCGAAAAGAAAUUUUUAUUUUUACAUUAUUAUUAAACAAUUUUUAGCGUAAUAGUUAUGCUGUAAAUAUCGAUUUUUACAAAUAAAAAGAUAUUAAUCGAUUUGAUAACCUAAUAUAUCGAAAAUUAAAUAACAAAUAUAU